CCCGGCGCCGCUCCGGCAUCUUUAUUCCCGCCUCUCCGACCAGGUCUCACCUCGCUCCUGGGCAGCUGCGCGGAGAACUGGGGUGGAAAAAGAACUUUCUUAUGAGAGAUUCAUAGAAUGGACAAACCCAGACAAGAUGCAUGAACAAAAGAUGGAAGUUUUCCUUCCUAGAUUUAAACUAGAGGAAACUUACAACAUGGAGGACGUCCUUCGCAGUAUGGGCAUGGCCGAUGCCUUUGAACAGGACAGGGCAGACUUCUCAGGAAUGUCGUCUAAGAAGGAUCUGUACUUGUCCAAGGUCAUGUACAAGUCCUUUGUGGAGGUCAAUGAGGAAGGUACAGAAGCAGCAGCAGCUACCACCCCAAAAAUGGUUUGAUGUUGUGCCAGUUACUCCCUCAGGUUCUGUGCAGACCAUCCCUUCCUUUUCUUCAUCCAGCACAGCAAAACCAAUGGUAUUCUCUUCUGUCGCCGGUUUUCUUCUCCAUAAGGAAAUAGUAGUCAUUGAAUGUAGUCCUCUUUUCUCUAACUGAUCUACUUUUUCUCUACAUUUCAUAGUGUGCCUGCAAACCCAAAAUGACUUUGUUAUUGCAGUGGUCAAAAAUGAGAUAUUAGGAGCCUAAUUUGAAAUUCCUUGUUCAGAACCCUUCUGUGUAUUUUCAUAGGUUAAAUGUUUUCUAAAGUUGGAAGUUGACAUUCUCCAAGGAUCCUGUGGUCACUUUGGCAGUGAUACCUCUAACCAUUCAGCCAAACCACUCUGCUUGGAACGAGCUGUCUCUCUCUCCUUUGUUGCUACUUUUCUUUCUUUUCUGCUGAAUAGUAUUGACAUAUAGACCCAUUUUUAAUGAGAGAAUAGAGAGUGAAAUGGAGAAUGGGUAGAAGAUGUGGGCAGGAGGUCUCAGAAAUCCAUAGAAGCAACCUCUAGUCUAGAACUUUACCAGCAAUUCCAAGGCCAGCACAGAGGAUGAGAGAGCAGUUAACUCAGACCAGUGAGAAAUCAGUCCCACUUCCUGUAUGUUUCUGCCUUAUUUGUAGUUUGCAUUCAUAGGGAUCAGUAGGUCACAAACCUGUUCAAACAUGCAACUAUUCACUUUCUCUGAAAAUUUACAAUUGUUAUCAGGAGGCAGAGAUGAGUAGGUAAUGUUCUAUUCACAGUUUGAGACAGCUUCAUGGGUAUACAGAACAUGUCUUUCUAUUUUAUUUCAAAUAUUUUUGGAAAGGAACCUCAGGUUUCUGUAGCCAUUUGUAUUACAGGCUUGAAAUGAAAUUGCAGUGUUCAGUGUUAAGAGAACACACUGACUAGUUAGAUUGAAGAGAGAGAUUGGUACUGUUUUCUAGGGGACAGUAAAAAGGACUUAUUCCAUCAACACCCCUGCAGUCAGAAGAACCCUGGGCAGCCCCUUAUUUCACUGACACCACUUAUAUUUUCAUUCCACAGCUAGUUCACUUUUUUCUUUUGAUCCAAGCCGGCGAAUUAGCUGCAGGGAGGGAAUAGUACUGAGGAGUACAAGGAAACAUCCACGUUGUGUGCGGGCUGAGAGAGGAAAGAGGGAGUAUCAGAGGUUGCCGGGUUUAUCAUUCUCAUUCUGCUGCCUCUUCUGCCCAACACUUGCACUUGGCAAGAAUAAUCCUAGGUGGAGAAUAAUCAGUUAAUGUGAUUUUUUCACUGCAGAGAGAGCUUCUGAGUGUUACAGCUAGGAGCAAUAGGCUGGCGCCCUGUUCCUUAUGGAAUGGCAUGCCUUCUUGCACAGCAUUGCAGGAAGUCCAGUUAAGUGGGUUAGUAGUUGGGAGCUGGAAGUGUAAAUGGAGUAGCUGCCUACCAUCCAUGUGGGAAUGUGUCUUUUU